AUGCUCUGGAAGCAAUUAUUCUUUCUGGCCGCCGUCAUGGCUUCGCCCGCCUUCUCGGCCCCUGCACCCCAAAGCAAGGUACCCUCAUCACAACAACUCACUUGUACACCGAACAAUCAGGGUGUAGACGUCUGCUGCGAUCAAUUCGGUGGCUGUAUAUUCCGCAAGGAUUUGGGUCCCGAAUUCGCGGAUCGUAUUGUCAACAAGAGGGCGCCUGAGCCCAAGAACCUCAACUGCACACCAAACAAUCAGGGCGCUAUUGUCUGCUGCGAUGAAUUUGGUGGCUGCGCCUUCAAGGAAGGGCGGCUGAGCCCUAGCGCUUCAGCUGAGCACCAAAGAAUGGGAGCGGGAGUUCCUGUUUUAUCAGGUUCUAAUAGCUUUCAUCAAGAUUUGCUCGUCGGAAUCAUGGAAUACAUCCCGAUUCACUGUCUUAAAGAGGCUAGUCUAGUUGUACGAAUUUACUUCUUAGUAUAUUCCCCUAGCCGCUAUCAAAAUAUGUGCUUCUUUUCAGGAUUUAGUGCUACCCAAAUUCUAGAACAAGUUUUACAACCCGCCAAUCUUUCCAAACUUGGGAAAAUGACUUUCUGA